UGAACAUGAAACUUUUAGUUCGUUACAUGGGUAUGUUCAAGCUCUCGAAGUAAAACCUCAACUCAACUCCGCAUUCGACUUUCAGACGCCUUUCAGACCAUCAAGAUGCGUGGCAAGCGACAAAAGCAAUAUCGCAAGCUGAUGCAUCAAUACCAACACACCUUCAAUUUCAGGGAGCCAUACCAGGUCCUAGUCGAUGCAGAAAUAAUUGAAGAUGCUGCGCGGUUCACAAUGGAUUUAAUCGGCGGGCUGAAGAGAACAUGCCAGGGUGAGAUUAAGCCUAUGAUCACACAAUGCUCUAUGCGACACCUCUAUAAGACAAAGAACAACGAUCUGAUAGCGCAAGCGAAGACCUUUGAGAGACGGAGAUGCGGGCACCACGAGCUGGAGGAACCUAUGUCUACACUAGAAUGUCUAUCGGAAACUGUCGAUCCGAAGGACAGUGGUACUAAUAAGCACCGGUAUGUGGUCGCAACUCAAGACAAGGCAGUCCGAGCAACUAUGAGAGCAAAGCUAGGAGUUCCACUCAUAUACAUCAAUCGUAGUGUUAUGAUACUGGAACCCAUGGCUGCUGAGUCAGAAGAUAAGAGAGAGAAAGAAGAGCGAAAUAAGUUUCGAUCUGGGUUACUGGCGCGAAUCACCCCAAACAGUGGAGCAAAGCGAAAAUGGGAGAACGUUGAGAAUGGUUUGGAACCGGAUAGAUCUUUAGUACGGUCUUCAGGCGAAGAGGAUGAAGCUAUAGGAAUUCAAUCGCGAAGAAAGAAAGUGAGAGGACCCAAAGGCCCGAAUCCACUUAGUGUGAAAAAACCACAGAAGGAAAGGGCACGAUUAUGUAUCGCGCAGGAGAAGGAACCCCCGAAAGUCCAUACAGGUAUAAGCUCAAACGUACCUUUAGAAAGAGAGAGCAGUGCCGGUGACGGUAUAUCAAGGAAGAAACGCAGGCGGAAGCACAACCGCCCGGAAAAGUCUGCCCGGGAAGAUGAGUUUGAGGGCGAUCUCCAAACAUGAUCAGGGUAUGAAGCAUCAUUGUAUAUAAUCACCUUUGUAUUCACGGAAACUGUCUGGUUCACCCGUUGUAGGUCGUUGCCAGCACUUCAAAAUUGGGGCGUGAUUAUACUUAUCUACUGAAUCAUUCAAACAAUCAACGG